GAGAGCGAGGCCCGGCCCGGCCCGGGGGGGAGAGCGAGGCCUGUCCUUGGCACAGACGCCGCAGGUGAAGCCGGAGCCAGAGGCGCUCUGACCCGGGUUUAUGCUGCUCUCCAAUGGCGGCUCCCGGCACAGCUCCAGCGACGUGGCUUCAAACCCCACUGCCGUGAAGCGAUGGACGCGGCCCCGAGAGCAGAUAACUAUGUCAGGGAGAAGUCAGAGAGAACGGUUUCAAGUUGCCACUGUUCCUCCUGCACUGGGAGGUAACCUUUACGUAUUUGGAAAUAACACGCCUUCGGAAAAUGAACUCUCAGAAGAGGACGCCGAGUAUUUUGAGCUGCGGCCAAGAGGCAAAGAGAAAACAAGAAAAAUCACCUCCAAGGAACGACUGGAUGAAAUUGUGUAUCUGGUCCGAGAAAUUCAAGAAGGCGACACCUUGAAUGCACUUGCUCUGCAGUACUGCUGUACUGUUGCAGAUAUCAAGAGGGUGAACAAUCUUAUCAAUGACCAAGACUUUUUUGCUCUCAGAUCCAUAAAAAUCCCUGUGAAAAAGAUCAGUUUAUUGACUGAGACACACAGUCCUACUAAACUAAAAUUAGUUCCACGUGUUGCCUUAGAAUCUAGUUCUCAAUUUGAAGAAUGCAAUGCUUGUCCAAAAUCCACAUCAUCCAGUGGCAAUGCUGACAACUUUCUCCGAGAAGUCGAUAAAGACAUAGAAAGGAUAGUGAAAUCCACUGACACUACGAGGGAACAUUUAAAUGAGGUGGUUUCAUCUUUGUCCACUCAACCGUCUUAUCAAAUACCAGCUCGCAAAAUCUUACCACGUAAAGAUCCUCAUUAUGGAGCUGACUGGGGAAUGCGAUGGUGGAAUGCAGUAAUGAUAAUGUUAGUAGUUGGAAUCGUUACACCAGUGUUUUAUUUGCUAUACUAUGAAGUCCUGGUUAAAGUUGAGACAAGCCAUCAUUCUACUAUGGAAUCUACAGACCUUCCUGUUACUCAGCCUUCACAUCAAGAGUUGAAGUAUGCAUAUGAAAUAAAUCCUAUGAAAAGAACUAGUGUGGCUGCAGAGGAGGCUGUUGACCAUGUAAAUGCAAAAGUACAGACAUCUGUGAACUAAUUCCAAAUCUCUACCAGAGCACUUGUGUGGAGGAAAUAACUUCUAAAUAUAAGGGGGGGAAGGAAAUAUAAUCAUGUAAGAGAUUAUUUUGUGUUAUGGAACUUCACUUAAUGUGUUUUACUUGCCACUACAUUCAAACGAUUUAAAGUGAUUGGAAUUUUGUGAACGGCAAUAGUGAUUUCAAGUAUUACAAUUACAUUACCAAGUACCCUCAGAUAUUUAGGAUUAAACUAUUUUGUUAUUUAACCAGUGUCUCUUUUAAAUUAGUGCAUAUAAUCUUUAUUUCAAUGAAAUUUCUAAACAUGAUCCUAUACAUUUUCCAAUUCCAUACCAACUUUCUAGGGGAAAAUACACUGGUUAGUUUCUUAUAAAUUGCUUUUCCAUCAGUAUUUAUGAUCUAAAGUUUUAACGUCAUGUAGCCUUUAUGUAAUUGAUAGCCAUUGCUUAAAAUAUUAAGCCUUUCAUUUUUGUGUAAAAUAUUAAAUCUGGAGACUGUUAAUUGUUCUUGAACUGUAUGAACUUGUAUGCCACGAUGAUGGCUACUUGCUGCAAUUAGUUUUUUCUCUGCAGUUCAGAAAUAUCUGCUCAGUGAACUUGUUCAAAAUGCCACUGUUCCAACCUGUUGUCUUAAUUUAGUUACUGUAAAAGGGUGGGAAGAGAUUCUGCUGCCUAAUUUGUACAGUUUUUAAUAUAAAGAUGUAUUUAUUGAAUUUUAGGGCACUUACUAUGGCUGGACAUUUUGCAAAAUUGGUUGUAUUCAGGUGGUGAAAAUGCAGUAUUAACUGUUAUUCUUGCACAGUAAAGGCUGGGGAAUUGUAAUUCUGAAGGAAAGAAUCGAUCUUAUGUUGAGGAUGGUAUUGCAAAUGCAAAUGAGCUAGUGCAUUGAGAUUGCUAUGUUAAUUCACUUCAGUUCUAUUUUCCUAAAAGCUUUGUAACAGAAUGAUAUUCUUCAGUAAUUUGCCCUUUAAAAUAAAAGAUGAAACAACUGUA